AAAAAGUUAUGUUAUAAACAUAAUAAGUGAGUGGGCAUCAUGAAAGUUGUAUUGCUGGCGUUUUUAUAUGGUCUUUUGGGAUUAUUAUCAGGACAAGACAAUCCAAGUAAAGAUGAUAUAUUUUAUUUAACAAAUUACACAAUCAACGAGAAACUGAAACAGGAACCACAUUUCUAUAAUACGUCUAUCAGAGACUACAAAGCAGCUGUGGGUCAACCUGCAUACUUACAUUGCUUUGUGAAAAAUUUGGGCGAUCGUGAAGUAUCAUGGAUACGUAAGAGGGAUCUUCAUAUUUUAGCUGUGGGAGUGCAUGCUUACAGUAGAGACCCACGCUUCGCAGUGAUACACACAGAGGGCUCUGACGACUGGGUCCUGCGCGUUGCUAACGUUCAGCUCAGAGACACGGGCGCCUACGAGUGCCAAGUUUCAACAGAGCCCAAAAUGGGAAUUACCUUCUGGCUCACAGUAGAAGUGUCUAAAGCAGAAAUCACUACGGGAACGGAAGUGCUUGUUCGCGCAGGUUCUGAUAUUAACCUCACGUGUCGAGUUGCUAACGUCGCCGAACCGCCCAGCUUUAUCUACUGGUACCGUGAUACGAACAUGAUCAACUACGCCUUGCGGGGCGGCGUCAGCGUAGAAACCGACCAACACUUACGUACCAGCCGGUUGCUCGUCGCGCGAGCAUCUACGAAAGACUCCGGCAAUUAUACCUGCGUCCCAAGUAAUUCAGAUACGGCGUCAAUAAUGGUGCACGUUGUAAACAGCGAGCGGCCUCAAGCUAUGCAAAGCGGCGUAUCAUCCACUCCGGCAUCGAGUGUACCACCCAUACUUCUCAUAUCGGCUGUCGUCAAUAAAACCAAAAAUCAAUUUCUUUCAUUUCUCAUACAACUUAUGAUACUUACGUAG